AUGGCUGCACCAUUUUUCUCGACGCCUUUUCAACCUUAUGUUUAUCAGAGCCCGCAAGAUGCAAUUAUACCUUUUCAGAUUUUAGGGGGUGAAGCUCAAGUGGUUCAGAUAAUGUUGAAGCCACAGGAAAAAAUCAUUGCCAAGCCUGGUUCCAUGUGCUUUAUGUCUGGAUCCAUUGAGAUGGAAAAUGCCUACCUUCCAGAAAAUGAAGUAGGCAUAUGGCAGUGGUUAUUUGGCAAAACAAUAACUAGCAUUGUUCUUCACAAUACUGGACCAAGCGAUGGAUUUGUUGGAAUUGCUGCACCAUAUUUUGCAAGAAUUCUUCCGAUUGAUUUGGCAAUGUUCAAUGGAGAGAUUUUGUGUCAGCCAGAUGCUUUUCUUUGCUCUGUCAAUGAUGUGAAGGUUAGCAACAUAGUUGAUCAGAGGGGACGAAAUAUUGUUGUUAGUGCUGAGGGAUUCUUGAGGCAAAAGCUAUCUGGCCAAGGGCUUGCUUUCAUAUUAGCUGGUGGAUCUGUUGUACAGAAAAAUCUUGAGAUCGGUGAAGUUCUAGCUGUUGAUGUUUCUUCCAUCGUUGCUGUCACAAACACAGUUAAUAUCCAAAUUAAAUAUAAUGGUCCUGCACGAAGGACAAUGUUUGGGGGUGACAAUGCGGUCACAGCUCUUCUAACCGGACCAGGCAUUGUCUUCAUACAAAGUUUACCUUUUCAUCGACUCUCUCAACGAAUUGCAAGGGCGGUGACAUCACCAAACAUGAGGGAAAAUCCCAAGUUUUUCAUACAGAUUGCAGUUUUCUUUCUUCUGGCGUACGUUGUCAUUGUAUCUUCUUCAUUGAUUUUUAGUGAUGGAAGUUAUAAAAACCAGGCAUUAUUUCUAGGUUUGUUUGUCUGUGAAAUCCCCAAAAUCUCAAACCCGCGUCCAAUCCAAACCACACCACAAUUGCAUCCCCCUCUCCUUUUCCCACUUCCCCAUCUCUCACCCAAGCUUUCCCAACCCAACCCUAAGCCUCAUCGUGCGCUUUCAAUCGCUUUAACCCUAUCUCCCUCUCCACUAUCAAACUUCGAUCCGCUUCCCCGUUCUCCCAAACCGCUCCAGAUUAUCCGCUGCUUCUACCGCCGCGAGGAGGAGGAGGAGGAGUUCUUCGCGAUUUGCACUCGAAGCUUCCGUCGCCGCUCAUCGUAG